GAUUUCCCCUGGAUACAGGUGGAGAAAAAAAACUCCAACGGCUGUAUACAAACGGCCACCCCACUGAGAGCAGCAGAACCUGCACCUCCACUGGAGACACGGGCGGACAGAGAGCUGAGUGCGCUGAUAAACCCGAGAAAGAAAAGAGAGAGAGAAAAAAGGGGAGAAAGAGGGAGUAUCUUCAGCUUCAGAGAGGAACCAAGAGGAACCCGCCCGGAGUCAACAUUUAUUACAGCUUCUCUCAAAAACUUUUUUAAAUUAUUAUUAUAGCCAUGCAGCUUCAGCAGCGUCCAUAAGCUUGCGUGAGUUAUCUAUCUCAGCGGCUGGUGUUCCGGAUGAGGCUGGACCCAGGCUCUCUCCUCUAGACUUGACCCCCCGCCCUCACCGCUCACCUCCGCGUCCCGGGCUCCGUCCCGCACCAUGGCCGAGGAGGACGGCGCUGCUCCCGGGGCCGCGCAGGGCGGCAGCUUCAGCGUGCUCAGCUGGGAGCAAGUGCAGCGGCUGGACAGCCUGCUGACCGAGAGCAUUCCCAUCCACGGCCGCGGAAACUUCCCCACGCUGCAGAUGAAGCCGCGGCAGAUCGUCAAGGCUGUUAGGAGGCGCAUGGAGGAGCGCGAGCUGCGCGUGCGGGACGUCCGGCUGAACGGCUCCGCGGCCAGCCACGUCCUGCACGAGCAAAGCGGCCUGGGUUACAAGGACCUGGACCUCAUCUUCUGCGCCGAGCUGAAGGGGGAGGCCGAGUUCCAGAUGGUCAAGGACAUCGUGCUGGACUGUCUGCUGGACUUUCUGCCUGAGGGAGUGAACAAGGAGAAAAUCACACCCCUGACCUUAAAGGAAGCUUAUGUUCAGAAGAUGGUGAAAGUGUGCAACGACUCGGACCGCUGGAGCCUGAUCUCCCUCUCCAACAACAGAGGCAAGAACGUGGAGCUCAAGUUUGUAGACUCGUUGAGGCGACAGUUUGAGUUUAGUGUGGACUCGUUCCAGAUCAAACUGGACUCACUCUUGCUCUUUUACGAAUGUUCUGAGAACCCUAUGGCCAAAACCUUUCACCCCACUAUCAUUGGGGAGAGCGUGUAUGGAGACUUUAACGUGGCACUGGAGCACCUGCGCAACAAGGUGAUCUGCACCAGGAACCCUGAGGAGAUCCGUGGAGGCGGUCUCCUGAAGUACUGCCACCUGUUGGUCAGAGGCUUCCGAGCCGCCUCUGAGACUGAGAUGAAGUCUCUGCAGCGCUACAUGUGCUCACGAUUCUUUAUUGACUUCUCGGACAUCAACGAGCAGCAGCGGAAGCUGGAGUCCUACCUCCAGAACCAUUUUGUGGGGCUGGAAGACCGCAAGUACGACUAUUUGAUGACUCUGCACGGGGUGGUGAACGAGAGCACGGUGUGCCUGAUGGGGCACGAGAGGCGCCAGACUUUAGGGCUCAUUGCCAUGUUAGCCGUGCGUGUGCUGGCUGAGCAGAACGUCAUACCAAACGUGGCAAACGUCACCUGCUACUACCAGCCUGCCCCUUAUGUAGCAGAUGGCAACUUUAGUAAUUACUACAUUGCCCAGGUGCAGCCAGUGUUUGCUUGCCAGCAUCAGACCUACUCAACCUGGUUACCCUGCAACUGAUUGCAUGGACAUUUGAUUAGAGACAGAGAGAGAAAGAAAAAAGAAAAAAAGAGAGUUGCAUUUCCGUACUGAAUCAGCUGAAUCAGUUUUGCAAGUUGUCCUGAGCAUUUAGGGAAGCCAGAGCAAAUAGAAGGUGAUUUGCAUUUUAGCUCUGAAUUCUAGCCCCAUGUUUACUACACUGCAGUAAAGCAAAAUUUGCCAUUAAAACAGGACAAAUGAUAGUCAGCUGCUUCAGUUAUGUUGGGAAACAGUUCUGUUGUUUUUUUAACAACCUUGCUAGCAGACAUCAUAAGGGUCUACAUUGGCCUGGCCUUGUAUAUCUCUGGAAGGACUUUUAGGCCUUUUUUCUCAAACUGUCUAGUAGUCCAAGAGAAUGCAAGCUGCUUAGAGAUACCAGUCAAAGACCCAGCCUCAGUUUGGCUGACACUGUUGUUAACAUAAAAAUUAGGUCUUAACAUGGCCCAAAGACUGGCUGUAUUAUUAUUAAUGCUGUGUAUUGGAGCACUCCCGUCCUGACUGCGUGCAUGCAGCCACUCUUUCUACAUCUGCGUCCAGAUGAGUGAAGGACAGAAAUAGAGGACGACACGUCUCCUGCAUAGGGGUCAACUUAUUCACAUUGUGAACAGCAAAAAUGAAUCUCAGAAAAAGAGGUGAUAUUCCUGAUAAGUGUUUACAAAACCAAAGAUUUUAUGAUUGACUGUUUUAUCGCCCAGAUAUGGAAUUAGUGCUGUCUAUAUUUGUAUAUGUGAAACACGCAUUCUAAGUGCCUAAUGCCAAUGCAGAACAGUAAGGGAAUCACGCAAACCAUUGUAGAUUUUUUUUUUUACAGGUGAAGAAACUACACAAAGUCCAUGAUCACCAUAUGCACACACACACUUAUACACAUGACAAAGGGACUCAAAGCUUGUGAAUGUAUGGGAUGUAUCCUGAUUAACAGUGUGUCUUUUUUUUAAUGGUAGACGUUAAAACCUAUCCCAAGGUAUCGUCAGCAUCACAUCACAGAUAAGAAGAUACAAAGUCUAUCUUUCAAUUUUGGAAAAGAUAAAAAGUGGAAAGCAGGACAUCUCAAGAUUUCUGGUGCUUUACUUUCGAAACACUGCAUCAAAACAGAAGAAAAAGAGUUAGUCACAUGACCUAUAACUUAAUUUAUUAUUGCUCGCAUUGAGCAAAAUUUUGAGUCAAUAUGAAUUAAUUGACUCUCUUGAUGGACUUGUUACUGUAUGUAUCAUAAUUGCUUGAGCUGGUAGGGAAAAUCUUGCAGUACAGCAUGAGCCUGUUGUACAUUUUGGUUACAGUUCUCAUCGGCUCUUACUCUAGCCUUUUAUCACAGACACGUGGACGAAACCUCGUUGUUGGAUGAGAGAGGGAGAGAGAGGCCAAGGCACGGUAGAAAACAAAGAGCUGUCUUAUUGAACAGAGAGGAGGGAAUGUGUAUCCAUCCGCUGUCAUGACGGACGAUAUUUGUUGAGGCACUUCUGAUGGUGGGACAUUAUUUGAUGUAACACCCUAGCAGGGAAUUCCACAGUUACCGCUGAAAUGGUCUGACUAAAACUGGCUGUGUUCAUGCUCUCUCAGUCCUGCUCGCUGCUCUAUGUUCUCAGCGUCAACCUAACAUUUAGCCUAUGCUAACAGAGGGUUAACCUGUUCUAGAUUAAUACUGGAGAGAGGAAGAGAGCAUGUUCGGACGGCUGCACGGAUAUUUAAACUUGAGGAGGAGAAGGGGAGCAGUGAAGUGUGAAAGUCUGCGUGGGAGAGGUGAGCACAGCGAAGAGAAAGACUUGAGAGAAAGCUGGGGUGAUGGGUGCAGCUGGUGAUGGGGUUCACGUCCUUCUGCAAACAGUUUUUAAUCAGAACCUCCUCUGUCAUGGUUGCCAGUGAUCUGGUACUGAGAUGUAAUUGCUUUAAGAAACACAAGCAGGAACAGCGCAGGCCCAGUGUAAUCAAAUACAGAUUGAUUAUAAAAGGAAUGUAGCAUGGAAAAUACUUUAAUCAUCGCUGUCUUAUCAAGACAUGGUUAUUCACUCUAACUGUGAGUCCAUCAAAAAUUAUUUCAAUAAAAUGACCGAAGAGAACGCAACCUGGCAACCUCCAGAACUAUUAGUCAUCUUGAAACUGAUUGGGGUCAUCAAGGCCAGGAUCCCUCAGAGGGAGAGAUUCAGAGUAAGCAUCUGAUUGAGAAGUGUCCCAUGAGGUGGCGCUCCCCAUUCCGCCAACUUUGCAGUAGAAGCUGUUUGUUUUCUACUGACAGGGCUUCUUCUUCCAUAGCUGUGAGCGAGUGAGGAGCUCAUGCAUAGACUAUGCUGUGUGUGUCUGCUGCUGACCUGAGCAGAAGUCUUAAACUUUCUCUUUUUUUUUCCACAUAUCCUGCAGUUUUACUUGCUCAUGUCUUUUUCUGACUAGAUCAAUUCGUGGUCUGUAUCCAACCUCUUUGUUUGGAGUUUGUAACUUUUUUUUAUCAUACAUCAACAGUGUAAUGUGGAUGAGAUAAUUCACACUCACACACACACACACACACAUUCAGACAAGGUUGGAAAGAUGAAACAGUGUCGCUUAGCUCCUCAGCUGGCAAAAAGCAAGUAGAAGAUGAUGCCAUGUUGCACAGUGUUCUGAACUGUUGUUUAAAAAAAAAGUAAAAAAUGCAAGAGAUUUCUUUUUCUUCUCUGUGGUUUUAUUAUCAUGCUUGUUUUUAAUACAUGUAUUACACAUUCGAAUUGUCACUCUGCUUUCAAAUCUGUGGUCAAGCUGCUAAAUGUUGAUUUCUAAACUGCUUUUUUGCAAACGUUGUUGAUGUGUCCGUUGGGUCGAAGAUUUAAAGGAUUUUUUCCUCAAUAAAAAGUUUAAAAACCCCUAUAA